CAAACUUGCCACCUAACUCUGCAACGUCGCAGCCCACAGCCCGCCUUCGCAAUUACAGAACACUGGCCCCACGCGGUCAAAGCCGAUUAGUGUUGUUCAGUUCCUCUUUCAGAGUCCAAAUUCACCUAAUUACAUAGCCGAGCUCUCAAACCUCUCUCUCUCUCUCUCUCUCUGUCUCUCUCUCUCUCACGCACGCACAACAGUGCUUGCGGAUGAUCGAUGGCUCUCUCACGGCUUCGUCAUCCGGUGAUCUCUCGUGCUCCUUCUCUCUUCAAGGCCCGCCUUCUCUCCCGAUCCCUCUCACGAUUGCAACAGUCUCUUGGUAAUGCUCAUGUUGCAGUGCUAAGGCCUGCUCGUUUCUCAGCGUUUGCUAUAGUCCGUGAUUGUUCUUCUGAGCUUAAGUUCACAAGCAUCAGAUAUUUCUCAUCCGCAGAAACUCCUCUGCACACGGUCAUUGGAAUGCCAGCCUUGUCCCCCACAAUGAGUCAAGGUAACAUUUCGAAGUGGAGGAAAAAGGAAGGAGAUAAGAUAGAUGUGGGCGAUGUGAUAUGUGAAAUAGAGACAGACAAAGCUACAGUUGAGUUUGAAAGUCUUGAAGAGGGAUAUAUGGCAAAGAUAUUAGUAUCUGAAGGUUCAAAGGAUGUGCCAGUGGGACAAGCUAUUGCAAUUACGGUUGAAGAUGCAGAUGAUAUCCAAAACGUCCCUGCCACAGUCACUGGUGGGUCGGAGGGCAAAGAGGAAAAGUCAAUAUCAAAUAUUGAAGCCAGAGAACAGGAAACUAGUGCUAUUAAGAUCAGCUCAUCUGAACUUCCGCCUCAUAUCAUUCUUGAGAUGCCGGCAUUAUCCCCAACAAUGAGCCAGGGUAACAUUGUCAAGUGGAAGAAAAAAGAAGGCGAUAAGAUAGAAGUGGGUGAUGUCUUGUGUGAGAUAGAGACUGACAAAGCUACUGUCGAAUUCGAAAGUCUUGAAGAAGGGUUUCUUGCUAAGAUACUGGCCCCUGAAGGUUCAAAGGAUGUUGCUGUGGGACAACCAGUAGCAGUAACUGUUGAGGAUGAAGAUGAUAUUGAAACUGUGAGGGCCUCCAUUAGUGGUGGGGAGGUCAAAGAGGAAAUGCCAACCCAACAUGAAGCUAGAAGUGAACCAAGAGCGCAGAAAACAGGUUUUAAAAGAAUUAGCCCAUCAGCUAAGCUGCUAAUAACAGAACAUGGAUUGGAUGCAUCGUCUAUAACAGCAUCAGGUCCUCGUGGUACCCUGUUAAAAGGAGAUGUUUUAGGUGCAAUAAAGUCUGGGAAAGCAUCUCCAAAGACUUUGUUCAAGGAUCAGUCACCUCGAAUUCAUCCACAAACUUCUCUCCCUGCUUCACCUGAAUCAAAAAGUCACUUGAAACAGUCAGAUUCUUAUGAGGACUUGCCAAAUAGUCAGAUUCGCAAGGUGAUAGCAAAGCGAUUGUUGGAAUCAAAACAAAAUACACCUCAUUUGUAUUUGUCUUCAGAUGUUAUAUUGGACCCUCUUCUAUCUUUUCGAAAGGAGCUCAAAGAGAAGCAUGAUGUUAAAGUCUCAGUUAAUGACAUUGUUAUCAAAGCUGUUGCAAACGCAUUGAGAAAUGUUCCAGAAGCUAAUGCUUACUGGGAUACUGAAAAAGGUGAAGUUGUUCUAGUGGAUAGCGUUGACAUAUCAAUCGCCGUUGCUACUGAGAAGGGGUUGAUGACUCCAAUCGUAAGGAAUGCAGAUCAGAAAACCAUAUCAUCAAUCUCCUCGGAGGUCAAGGAACUAGCCGCAAAGGCACGAUCAGGGAAGCUUACUCCCAACGAAUUUCAAGGUGGCACUUUCAGCAUCUCGAACCUUGGAAUGUUUCCAGUGGACAACUUUUGUGCAAUAAUUAAUCCUCCACAGGCAUGUAUUCUUGCUGUUGGCAGGGGCAAUGAAGUUGUGGAACCAGUUGUUGGAAGUGAUGGAACCGAGAGGCCUUCAGUUGUCACAAAAAUGAGUUUAACGUUGUCUGCGGAUCAUCGUGUUUUUGAUGGCAAAGUUGGAGGUGCGUUCCUCUCUGCUUUACGUUCAAACUUCAGUGACAUCCGAAGACUUCUGUUGUAAUGAAAUGAGCAAAGACCUCAAAUUCUACUAACUCUUGGAACACAACAAUAAUGAAUUUUCCGUCAUCAAAGCCGAUUGGUUUUUUCCUCCAUUCCCAGGCAUAGUUUCGCGCCCGUUGGGUUGAUUGUAUUUUUUCCCCUCCCUGAUUCAUUUGGUCCUAUCUGUUUCACGAGAUGAACAGAUUUUAAAGAAUAUGUUGAAUUCAGGUUCACAUGAUAUUUAUCAUAUUGUCUAAUUAUCGUAUUAUUCUGCUUGAAGAUAGUAUGCUCUGUUGUAGAUUCCUUGUGUAAGGAAUAUUUUCCUAGAAAACUAUGCUGCAGUUUUGAUGUCUUCUAUAAGGAAAUAAGAGCAGCAAAAAAUGUAUUUGUCUUGAUUUGAUAAAUACAUGUGCUCCAGUGUUUGUUGUA